AUGUCCAACAGAAAUCCCUUCCGCAAUCUCACACCGACAGAGUCGGACAUCGACCAAGGCGGCUCGAGGGAAACGCUACGCGAGAAGGCGGUCAAGAAGGUGCACGGCGAGGGCGCGAACCCGUCCCAGCUCGGAGACCCAGUCAGCCUCAAGGCCGAGACCAGCGAGACAAUUCCCACAGAUGACGAACAAGGUAGCCGGCAGCAGGCCGGACACUCGUCAACGAGCUCCAAGUCCGGCGGCAGACAGACCCGAGGCCACGGUGGCGGCGGCGAGAAGCUCCGGGAGAAGGCGGCCAGGAAGCUGCACGGCCCGGAUGCCAACCCCAGCAUGCUGGGCGACCCCAUCAGCCUCAGGAACGAGUCCGGGGGAGCGAUGCCUCGCGAGGCGGAGGAGGGCGGCAUGGGCAGGAGGGGAUCCAAGCUGUAG